GUUUUACAAGCUUCAGCAAAGCACUUCCAACACUCACAUAACUAACCACUUAUACAAAUCGUUCACGCAACAAUCUCUCAACUUCAACAGCACUCAACAUGUCUGCGCCAGUCUGGUUCAUCACAGCCGCUUCAUCAGGAUUCGGCCAUGACAUCGCCCUUCACGCUCUCAACCUUGGCCACACCGUCAUCGCUACUGCACGUAGCACAUCACGCGUCCAAGACCUCGCCGGCGCAGGUGCAUACACCCUUGCAUUCGACGUAACAUCUCCCCUCUCCGAUCUCGAAGCCAUCGCCAAAGAUGUCUUCACUAAGCACGGCCGCGUAGACUAUCUCAUUAACGCAGCUGGAUACAUCCUCGACGGCGCGGUAGAAGAGGUUUCGCAACAGGAGCUCUACGAUAGCUUCAACACCAACGUCUUUGGUAUUUUCAACACUAUCAAGGCUUUCUUACCUGGCAUGCGAGAGCAAAGUAUUGGCCAGAAUGGAAAACGCGGUACGAUUGCUACUUUUGGAAGUAUCGGUUCUUGGAGAGGCGGCGCAACAUACUCUGUCUACUCAAUGGUGAAAACCUGCAUGUCGUCCCUUGCCGAGUCCCUCCGCUACGAACUAGAGCCCUUCAACAUUGUCGCCACAGUCGUUGAACCUGGCUAUUUCCGCACUAGCUUCCUCAAUCCUGGUGUCAGGGCAAUUACGAAGAAGCGCAUGGAUGUUUAUGAAGAUGAAAGUACGCCUACGGGUAAGACGAGAAAGAUGUUGGAAAAGACGGAUGAUAAUCAACCUGGUGAUGUUAAGAAGGGCACAAAGGUUAUUGUUGAGGUUCUUACGGGGACAGGAGUUGGAGAGGGGAGGGACGUUCCGGUUCGGAUUGUGUUGGGGAGUGAUGCGGAUGUUUAUAUUAGGAGUAAGUGUGAGGAGACGCUGGAGUUGCUGAAUGAGUGGAAGGAUGUCACUGUUAGUACUGACUUGGAGAAGUGAGGAUGAGGAUGAGGAUAUGGGUCUGAGUGUAAUUUGACAUAGGUAGACCAAAAGAAAUCACCACUUGCUUUGCAAUAUUAAUUAAAG